AUGACGGUUUCUAAGAGUAAGAGGGUCGUCCUCAUCGACAACUAUGAUUCAUUUACCUGGAAUUUGUAUGAAUACCUGUGCGAAGAGGGUGCUGAAGUUCUGGUGUAUCGUAAUGACAAGAUCACUGUAGAUGAAGUCGCAGGAUUAAAACCUGAUAUUGUGUUCAUUUCUCCCGGGCCAGGUCACCCCAAGACCGAUUCUGGUAUUUCGAGAGAUUGCAUCGAAUUCUUCACUGGAAAAAUACCCGUCUUUGGCGUGUGUAUGGGGCAGCAAUGUAUGUUUGAAGUUUUUGGUGGGGAAGUCAAUUAUGCAGGAGAAGUAGUACACGGUAAGACCUCCGAAAUCUACCAUGACGAUAAGGGAAUUUUCAAGGAUGUGCCACAAGGUGUAGCCGUCACCAGAUAUCAUUCUCUUGCCGGCUCUAGAUCGACCCUUCCUGACGUAUUAGAAGUCACAGCUAAAACAGACAGCGGUGUUAUUAUGGGUGUCCGCCACAAGAAGUUCACUGUGGAAGGUGUUCAAUUUCAUCCCGAAUCUAUUCUCACUGAAGAGGGACAUUUAAUGAUCAAAAACAUUCUGAAUACUCAAGGAGGAACUUGGGAAGAAAAUGAGAGGUUAAGCAAAAAUGAAAAAUUUAAGACGCAAAGCUCUUCUAUUCUGGAUAGAAUCUAUUCACAGCGCCAACAGGACGUAGAGGAACUAUCAUCUAUUCCUGGUUUUACAAUGCGCGACCUCGAAGCUAACUUUAAGCUUGGACUCGCUCCUUCUGUUCAGGACUUUUAUAAAAGGCUAACUUCUCACACUUCCAGGGCGGCUGUUCUUGCUGAAAUCAAGAGGGCCUCACCUUCAAAAGGCGAUAUCGACAUACAUGCCAUCGCAGCUGAGCAAGCUUUGAAAUACGCCGGUGCAGGUGCAUCUGCUAUCUCUGUUUUAACAGAACCUCAUUGGUUCAAGGGAAGCAUCCAAGACUUACAAAAUGUCAGAAGAGCACUAGAUAAAGAAUUCGCCCAGGAUCCUUCUAAAAGACCCUGUGUUUUAAGGAAAGAGUUUGUCUUCAGUAAAUAUCAAAUUCUAGAGGCUCGCUUGGCUGGUGCUGAUAGUGUUCUUCUGAUUGUGAAAAUGUUGAGCCAAACUGAAUUGCGCGACUUAUAUGAUUAUGCCACGAAAGAAGUAGGCUUAGAACCUCUCGUUGAAGUGAGCUCAAAGGAUGAAAUGAUUAGGGCCCUGGAGAUCAACGCAAAAGUGAUCGGGGUCAACAACCGUGACUUACAUUCUUUUCAUGUUGACUUGAACACCACCAGUUCCUUGGUAAGCUCAGUUCCUGAGGGUACUAUUUUGCUUGCAUUAUCCGGCAUAAAGAAUGGUAGCGACGCAGAAACGUAUAAAUCAGAGGGUGUGCAUGGAUUUCUUGUUGGAGAAGCUCUAAUGAGAGCCAAAGAUGUCAAGGCGUUAAUUAGCGAACUAGUUAGAUAG